AUGGAUUAUGUCAAUUCUUCAACUUAUCCCUACAACGCGUACCUUCAUCCAGCAGCUGUUUUACCGAACGGAGCUCCUUACGCGCUGGACUCUUGGCAAGGAUCGAGUCAACAAAAUCCAAAGGGUUGGAUGGUCCCUAGUCUUUUACCACCUGGACUCGAUCUUUACACUUUGAAAGCUGAACGAGAAAAGUUUAUUGAGGGGCGAAUCCGAUGGGAACUUGGAGAGCUAGAAUCUAUGAACGCCCGCAUACCCGAUACGCCCGUUCAACUUGAAGGUUCUUCCACAGCCACUUCUCAAAAGCUCAAAAGUCUGAUUGCUAUCAAAUCACUCAGACUCCUACACCGUCAGCGCGCCCUACGCGAAGAAAUCGUUACUGGAUACAAUCAAGCCACCAAACUUAGCUUAGUGACAGAUCGCACAGCGACCAAACGCCCCAAAAAGCUUACCCUGCGUGAUUCUCGCGUCACUGAACAGUGCGAACGACGUCAAAAGACCGAACGCGAACAACGCGCCAAACAAAAGCAUCUUGAUUAUAUCAAAGCUGUUGAGAAUCAUGCUCAUCGUCUCAAAUCUGCUCAUGCAGAGAGUCAAGAAGUUUUCAGGAAACUUGGGAAGUCCGUCUUGAAAUUUCAUGUUGAGGCUGAGAAAGAAGAACAACGAAGGAUCGAAAGACUCAGUAAAGAACGUCUUAAAGCCCUUAAGGCAGAUGAUGAAGAAGCCUAUCUCAAACUCAUUGAUACCGCCAAAGAUACUCGAAUCACCCAUCUCUUACGUCAAACUGAUCAAUACUUGGAUUCACUCAGUCAAGCUGUACUUCAACAACAAAACGACGCGGUUCAUCGAGACGGUCAAAUCGUUGUCAGUGGUGUACAAUCAGCGGCAGCAACGAUCGAUGAAAGUGCUUUCGGUGCUGCACCAGUCUUUGAUGACGACAAAGCGAACGCAGCCACUGGUGCGGCAUCCGGAGACGCUGGUAAAGCUGAUUAUUACAAUGUUGCACAUCGAAUCAAAGAAGAAGUGACGAAGCAAAGUUCACUUCUGACGGGUGGUACCCUCAAGGAUUACCAAGUCAAAGGACUACAAUGGAUGGUAUCUCUUUACAAUAACCGACUGAAUGGUAUCCUGGCUGAUGAAAUGGCUAGAAAAACCAUUCAAACCAUAUCACUCAUCACUUGGCUCAUUGAGCACAAGAAGCAACCAGGUCCAUAUCUCGUGAUUGUUCCCCUUUCCACGAUGCCUAAUUGGACACUUGAAUUCGAAAAAUGGGCACCAAGGAUCAAAGUGGUUCUCUACAAAGGCUCCCCCAACGUCCGUAAACAGAUUCAAACUCAGCAGCUUCGCAGUGGUCAGUUUCAAGUACUGUUGACGACCUAUGAAUAUAUCAUCAAAGAUCGACCGGUCUUAUCUAAGAUCAAGUGGAUCCAUAUGAUCAUUGACGAGGGACAUCGUAUGAAGAAUACGCAAUCCAAACUUUCUCUUACCUUGACCACUCAUUACUCCUCUCGUUACCGACUCAUCUUGACUGGUACCCCGUUACAAAACAACUUACCCGAAUUAUGGGCUCUUUUAAAUUUUGUCUUGCCGAAAGUCUUCAAUUCAGUAAAAUCGUUUGAUGAAUGGUUCAAUACCCCAUUUGCUAACACGGGUGGUCAAGAUAAGAUUGAAUUGAACGAAGAAGAAGCGAUCCUCGUCAUUCGUCGUCUUCAUAAAGUGCUUCGGCCCUUUUUACUUCGACGAUUGAAGAAAGAUGUCGAGUCUGAGUUACCGGACAAAGUGGAGAGAGUGAUCAAAUGCAAGAUGUCAGGCCUACAACUCAAAUUGACCAACAUGUUAAAGAUUCACAAGGUGAUCUGGACGGAUGUUGAUAGUUAUGCUAACAACCUGAAGGGGAAUAAUGGGACUGGUGGGAUCAUGAAAGGUUUACAGAAUGUGAUUAUGCAAUUCAAGAAGAUCUGUAAUCAUCCGUUUACGUUUGAAGAAGUUGAACGUACCAUCAAUGGACCUGAUAAACCUACCAAUGAUACCCUUUGGCGAGCAGCUGGAAAAUUUGAGCUCUUGGAUCGAGUCUUGCCUAAACUAUUUGCGACUGGACAUCGAGUUCUGAUGUUCUUCCAAAUGACUCAGGUGAUGGAUAUCUUCCAAGAUUACUGUGCCUAUCGUGGAAUCAAGAAUCUUCGAUUAGACGGUAUGACGAAACCAGAGGAGCGAGCAGAUCUACUCAAGACGUUCAAUCAUCCACAAUGUGAUAUACAUCUUUUCAUCCUCUCCACUAGAGCUGGUGGAUUGGGAUUGAAUCUUCAAACAGCAGACACAGUUAUCAUAUUUGAUUCAGAUUGGAAUCCACAUCAAGAUCUUCAAGCACAAGAUCGAGCACAUCGGAUCGGGCAAAAGAAAGAAGUAAGGGUCUUGAGAUUGAUCACGAGUAAAAGUGUAGAGGAACAUAUCAUGAGUAAAGCUCAAUUCAAGUUAGAUAUGGAUAAGAAAGUUAUUCAGGCUGGUAGGUUUGAUCACAAGAGUUCAGCGGAAGAAAGAGAGAUGUUCUUGAGAGAAUUACUAGAGGAUGAUGAUAAUGAAGAAGAGGGUGAUAAUGAAUUAGGCGAUGAAGAAUUGAAUGAAAUCUUGAAGAGGUCAGAUGAAGAGUUUGAGAUCUUUACCAAGAUGGACAAAGAUCGCACGUUGAACGCUAUAGAAGCUUGGAAGCAAACUCCACGUGGUCAGGCCGGUGAACCUGUUCCCGAAAGAUUGAUGACGGUAGAAGAACUCCCGCAUGUGUACUCGAAAGAGAUUGCCCCACCGGUGGUCGUGGAUCCGAAUGCAGUAGAGGAGGAAGAAGGGGAACCAGGAGUGAGGAAGCCUCGAAAUAGGAAUGCGGUGCAUUAUGAUGAUGGUUUGACGGAAGAGCAGUUCCUGGAAGCUUUAGAAAACGAAGAAGAUUUGACAGAAGUAAUUGCUAAGAAACGAGGUCGAAAAGCAGUUCGAUCGGCUAAUAGGAUGAAGAAGAUGGCGUCGGAACACGAUGGUGGUGAGAUGGAUGACGAUGAAGAGGAAGAGGAAGACGACGAGGAUGAUGAUUUUGUAGGAGAAGGUGGUCGAGGAAGGAGAUUGAGUAGAACAAACUCUGGUACUGUCAAUUCUCCAGAACCUAACAAGAAACGAAAACGUUUGUUUGCGGGUAUGUUUGAUGGAUCAAUGGACGGUGAAGAAGAACGCGGCAAAGGAAAGAGUACCAACAAGAAGCGAAAGAAUGCACACGAGGACGAAGAUGAUGGGGUAUUGAAUGCGUAUCGAAAAGUGAUGAGAGAGUGUUAUGAUGCGUUGAUGAAGCCGAUUGCUCCAGAAUCUGGGGAGAAAAGGAUCAAUUUGUUCAUUGACCUUGUUCAUCGUAAACAAUUUCAAGAUUAUUAUCAAAUUAUCAAAAAACCAAUUGCAAUGAGACAAAUCUCGAAAAACAUUCAAAAUAAGUACAAAACUUUGAAGCAAUUCAAAGAUGAUAUCCAUUUGAUGUUUAACAAUGCAAGAACCUACAACGAGACGGGCUCAUAUGUGUAUGUUCAAGCUGAUGAACUACAAGAUUAUUUCGACCACGUAUUCGAGUGUUUGGUGGAUGAGACUGGAAAGCCACGUUCGGUUCCAUUACCACAAAGACCACCGAAUGUGUCAGGAUCAGAAGGAGAAUCCGAUGAAGGAUCAGAUGAAGAAGAAGAUGAAGAUGAACAAGCAGAGUUUAAUGGUGGUAAUGAACCAAGAAAUAGAUUGAACAUCAAUGGAUUAGAAGAUGAUUAGAUUUAUAAAAGAUCAUCAUUGGUUUUUUUUCUUGGUUUGCGAAAUGUCAAGUUGGUGAAGGUGUGAUAUAUACAAAAAAAACAAAAAAUGGGGUUUGAGGAAAUGUGUAGGAGAUUUUUUUGGCGCUAUAGAUAGCGAGAUAGCAAUUAUAGUGUUUGUAUUUAUUGUACAUCACUCCUUUGAAAGAAAAGCAAAGGAAAACGGUUCUGGUGU